AUGGCUCAGACUAACGACACAGUGCGACUAGCUGGGCAGGCAGCAUCGUUAUCGAGUGAGUUGUAUGCCCUGCAGGAGACUUGCCACCACGAAACAACAGCAGGCGAAAUCUCAACCAUCGCGGACGAGCUUGCACGGUUGUCAACCACCCUCUGGCAUCUCAAUGAUGCAAUCAACGUUGAUCCGACACAAUACACAGCAGCAUUCAACGAGGACCUCAAGGAGAUCACCAAUGAAUUGACUUGCAUCUUCGAAGAGAUUUCGGAGUGCUGUGCAGGUCUCAUGGCAGGUUCUAACGUGUCAGCUGUGUCGUGGUUCUUCAAGAAAGGUCGAGUUACAAGACUGCUCAAACAUCUCGAAGCACUGAAAGGUACACUUGUAGUGAUGAGAACUGUACUGUGGCAUGGCAAGGACUAUGGAACACAUAAAUCUGACAGAUUAGCUGAAUCAAAUCCUCAUACCAUGCAUGAAGAUCGAGUCAUUCUCGAGUCAGUCCUUGCUCAUAAUCGAGACGCUAUUCUCGACCUACACAACCUUACGAACACGAUCAGUAGCCCUCUCAAGCGACCUGACCUUGACAGAACACCCUCAAAAGCAGGAGAACACCAUAGAGAACUUUCCGAAGCAACUGGCGUCGAUGUUCCUCCAAUCCCAGAUGUCCUUCCACCUUCAGCCACCGAAGCAAAGGAUGAGGACAGCGAUACCGGACACAUGUCUAGAGUCAAAAGGACCUUCUCGAAGCGUGGAGUUCGCUUAGGAGUACACAUGUCGAUACUCGAUCUUAGUGCUCAUGAAGCACCCCUUAACCUCAAGAAGAAAUGGCUCCAGCAAGCACAUCUCAGACAACAACUCGACCAUGGUCAACAUCCAGGACGGCGCGGUCUGACUGCCUUGCCAGAACUAAGCAGGAUCUCAGAGGUCGAUACUGCGGCUGGCUCGUCAAGUAACCUGAACAUCAAUCACUUCCAAGCAGAACCUAUAGUCCCUACCAACGCUGAAAACUCUACCUUUGCAGGAACGCCCAGACCUGUGUCCAAAGUACCUUACAACACUCCUGUCAGCGGGUCCCUACAAGAGGAUGGUAACGCUCUCGGUGCACGUAACCCUCGGAGCACAGUCGGCACAAGGUUCCGAAGAGUCAUGAGCAGAAUGUCCAUCAACAAUCUAAGAAGUCCGACUCAUGAUCGAAGUCGUGGAGGCGACAGCAGUGAGAUUAGCGUAGCAUCCGAAACGAAGGGCAAAGAAAGAGAACACGGUCCAGACUGCCGGUCACUUGAUGUGUCGGAGGACAACACUAGCCCUAACGACAAGCUGAAACGUGCUACGCUCAAGAUCGACAAAGACAACCGACUGGGUCAGACAUUUCUUGGACUGCUCAAGCAGAGGUUUGAGAAGAGUCCACUGAGUACACCUCAUUUCGAGAAGGAGUUUGAAUAUGGUAAGGUGUGA